UGUAUAAAACUACGAUAACGUCCACUAGAGUUCUAUUGGAUUUAUACACGACAAGCAGUUUAACACUUUAGUUACAAACAACGAAAUAUUUUGAAUACUUCCGGGUUGUUUACUUUUGGAAUGAAACUAUGACUUAGUUUAAUUGAUUUAAAAUAUACAUGUUCUCUGGAAAUACAAUGAGAAUUAUGUUUAGGAGAAAUUGUAUAAAGUAUGUUUUUACUCUAAUAACUAUGUGUGUUGUGUCGGGCUUGUAUAUAGCUGCUUUAAAACAUAACAGCGAUAUACAUAAAAAAUUUCAUGUUAAAAGACUUAAAGUGAAAAGGGAUGUACAUUCACAAAUUCAUUAUGGGAAGCAUCGGGCAGCUAAUAUGACUCCAAUUAAAGAGCCACCGCAUGCGGAUACAGAUAAGAACUCUUUUAAAAGUGGAGGAAAUGAUAGUAUGCACGUGUAUAUUGUAGAAGAACACCAUGAAGUAAUUCCAUACUGGUUUGCAGCAGCCCGGAAAGGAACAAUACCAAAGACUGGAAAUACACUGGUACAUAUCGAUGGCCAUUCGGACCUUGCCCCGCCUCUUUAUGUUCCUGGAUACCCAGUUUUCAUCUGGCCCCAUGAAAGGGAACUAAAAUUCCUAAUGCAGACAAAUGAUGCUUUCAUUCAGGCGUCUGCAAUGACUGGACUGGUCAAUCGUGUGAUAUGGGUAUGGCCGGACUGGGACAAAUCGGAUCACGAAUCUGGUUAUUUCAUGUCAACUGUUAGCCUAGGAUUUGUGUCAGUACCACAUCAAGGCAAACCUACACAGAAAGGAUUUUGCGCUUGCAUAAAAAAUAGAACAAAUUUUGAAUGUAGAACAUUAACCAAUGUAAGCAGAAUGGCAAAUAAAAGCAGCGAUGAUGAUGGUUUCAAUAUCCCACGUAGUCUUUGUAAAAUAACGAAGAUUCUUAUUGUUGAAGAAAUAAACGAGGACAAGGCUUUGGCCUUUUUCGGAAAAAGUGACUGGAUCGCGAAAAGUGAACACAUUAUUCUUGAUAUAGACGAAGAUUUCUACGGUUGUAGUUAUGCAAUAGAACCUUUGCUAAAAGCAAAUGUUAGUUACAGCAAAUUAUUUCGGUUAUCAAGUUUGAUAGCAUCUUAUAUAUGUCCAACCUCUUUCACUCAUGAAAAGGAAUCGGACAAGUUUUUAAUGGAACUCUUGUCAGUUACACGAACAAAACGUGCUUGCAACAGAGAUAAAACACUGAAACAUUCUGAGAGGUGUCAUGGUGUUGCAGAAAUUGAUUUACAUAGACAUUUUAGGCAUCAGCUUAAUAGAUCUAUAACUGAAGACACAAUACGUAUGUGCCAUCGAACAAGACCACAUGAUUUUGUGCAGAAUUUAUUGACGAAAUUAUCAACAUUUAGCAUCACGCAAAUUCGGGCGUUGCAGAAAACUGGGUUCUGUUUAACAACGUCACCAAAAACUCUGAAAAUAAAUAGGAAUGAUAAUAGGUUUGGACUUUGCAUCGGUUCAAAUACGCCAAAGGACACAGCCGUAUUGGAACAUACUCCAACAAAGUCGGAAAUUGCCACAAGAACUAUUUUAUUAAAAGGUUUAUUAAAGAAAUUAUCCAGUCAUUCGGUUGAAUUAGUAACAGUUUCGCGUUCGAUGAGGGACGGCUAUACACCUAGACAAUUCUUUGAAAAAAUUGAAGCGGAUAUUUUGAAUGGAUUAAAAGAUUCUUUCAGCAGAAAGAUUAAGGUACAAUAUGAUCGCGAACUGCUCGGCGGAAAACCUGGAUGGCCGGCAAGACAUAAGGCUUAAUUCCGUGUGUGUAUUCAUGCUUUAAAUUAACAGAAUUAAUUGUGAUAUGUUAGUCUGUGUGAAUAAUUCUUCAUCCAUAUGUAAUAUGGAAAUAAUCUAUUUUUCUAGACAUGAUGUGACAUUUUUUCAGUCUUGCUCAGCUGAUUACCAUUAUGUAAUAAUGACAUGUGCGUUAAACAAAAACAUCUUUAUUGUUAUUUUUUUUAAUUUACUACAGAUUAACAUUAUCUUUGGCUGACGUAAAAUUUCGAAAGCCAAUAAAAAUUUUCAGAUUUGAAUGAUUGCAUUUUGAUUAUAUUGUUGCUCUGUAUUAGGUUACAAAGAUAGGCAUCUACGACUGUGAGAAGCAAAGUGUUCACUUUACAUAGUGAAAUAGAAAAGUGAAAACACUGCGAUAAUAUACAAGGAACUUAGUCAGCGCAGUACACAUUCUAACGUUUGCUAUUGUCGGGGUUGUUUGGUAUUUUGGAUACACACAAAUAUUUACACUUUAAUAAAAAAAACACACACACACACACACACACACACACACACAAAAGGUGAUAAAGUGACUCGGUUAAAAAUAGCUAUUUACAUUUGAAAUAGAAAAUUGUUUAUAAAUUGUUUAUUAGUCCCCUACUGGUUGAAAACCAGUUUCGGGGACUAUAGGAACGCGCUUUUCCGUCAUUCCGUCUGUCCGUCUGUCCGUGCCCGCGAAAUGAUGGUUAAGUGACUUCAUAACGGUACUUUCUCUUUGAUGUCAUUCAUUCCGUUCUGUUUAUGUGACCUUUUUCUUUUUAUGUGACUGAUAGAACAAUAGAGAGAACAAUGGGGGUGUCACAUAAAUACCGUUUCGUGAGAACGUCCGUCCGUCCGUCCGUCCGUCCGCAAUUUCGUGUCCGGUCCAUAACUCUGUCAUCCACGAAGGGAUUUAAAUAUUACUUGGCACAAAUGUUCCCCAUGAUGAGAUGACGUGUCAUGCGCAAAACCCGGACCCCUAGCUCAAAGGUCAAGGUCACAAUUGGAGGUCAAAAGUCAACAGGGCUUUUUUUUCCUGUCCGGUCCAUAACUCUCCCAUCCAUGAAGGGAUUUUAAUAUUACUUGGCACAAUAUUCCCCAUGAUGAGGCGACGUGUCGUGCACAAAACCCGGACCCCUGGCUCAAAGGCCAAGGUCACAAUUGGAGGUCAAAGGUCAACAAGGCUACAAGGCUUUUUUCCUGUACGGUCCAUAACUCUCCCAUCCAUGAAGGGAUUUUAAUAUUACUUGGCACAAAUGUUCCCCAUGAUGAGACGAAGUGUCAUGCGCAAAACCUAGACCCCUAGCUUAAAGGUCAAGGUCACAGUUGGAGGUCAAAGGUCAACAGGGCUUUUUUCCGGUCCGGUCCAUAACUCUGCCAUCCAUGAAUGGAUUUUAAUAUUACUUGGCACAAAUGUACCUCAUAAUAAGACAAUAUGCCAUGCACAACUUUCAGACCCCUAGCUCAAAGGUCAAGGUCACACUUAGCAGUCAAAUGUUAACAUAGCAUGAACAGGGUCUGUUUUGUGUCCGGUCCAUAACUCUGAUAUUCAUUAAGGGAUUUUAAUAUUACUUGGCAUAAAUGUUCCCCAUGAUGAGACGACGUGUCAUGCGCAAAACCCGGACCCCUAGCUCAGAGGUCAAGGUCACAAUUGGAGGUCAAAGGUCAACAGAGCUUUUUUCCUGUCCGGUCCAUAACUCUCCCAUCCAUGAAGGGAUUUUAAUAUUACUUGGCACAAAUGUUCCCCAUGAUGAGACGACAUGUCAUGCGCAAAACCUAGAUCCCUAGCUUAAAGGUUAAGGUCACAGUUGGAGGUCAAAGGUCAACAAGGCUUUUUUCCUGUCCGGUCCAUAACUCUGCCAUCCAUAAAGGGAUUUUAAUAUUACCUGGCACAAAUGUACCUCAUAAUAAGACAAUAGGUCAUGCACAACUUUCAGACCCCUAGCUCAAAGGUCAAGGUCACACUUAGCAGUCAAAUGUUAACAUAGCAUGAACAGGGUCUGUUUCGUGUUCGGUCCAUAACUCUGACAUUCAUUAAGGGAUUUAUAUAUUACUUGGCAUAAAUGUUCCCCAUGAUGAGACGAUGUGUCUUGCGCAACACCCAGUACCCUAGCUUAAAGGUCAAGGUCACACUUUGAGAUCAAAGGUCAGUAGGAUUUUUUUUCCUGUCCAGUCUAUAACUUUGUCAUGCAAAACAGGAUUUAGAUAUCAGUUGGCACAAAUAUUCCCCUGGAUGAGACAACAUGUUAUGCGCAAAACCCAAGUCCAGUGUCUAAUGUCAAGGUCACACUUAGAGACCAAAGGUCAGACACAAGAAUGACUUUGUCUGGAGCAUUUCUUCUUCAUGUAUGGAGGGAUUUUGAUGUAACUUGGCACAAAUGUUCACCAACAUAAGACGGAUUGUCAUGCGCAAGAACCAGGUCCCUAGGUCUAAGGUCAAGGUCAUAUUUAGAGGUCAAAGGUCAAAUUCAAGAAUGACUUUGUCCGGAGCAUUUCUUCUUCAUGCAUUGAGGGAUUUUGAUGUAACUUGGACCAAAUGUUCACCAUCAUGAGGCACCCUUGAUUUUAGAAUUACCUCCCUUUGUUUUACUAUAAAUAGAUUUUAUUGUAACUUUUUUAUUACUGGCCUUAGAGAAAAAUCGAGACCACUUUUCUGUGGUACAACAUGCAUGUUACAUCCAAUUUUGAGGUGUUAUUUUGACCUAUCUCUACUUGGUAAAGAGUUUCUUGAGUUUCUUAUGGACUUAUAUUAUAUUAGAUUUUUUUUUCUUUUUUAAGAUUAAUUUCCCUUUGUUGGUACUAUAAAUAACUUAUAUGAUAACUUUUUUAUAAUCGGCAAAAACAUUUCAAUAUGAAAACAACUGUGGGUUUUUAUAUAUGCACAUUUUAAUCCAAGUGUGUUGUUAUAACAAAUUGUAUAUAUAGUACAGUAUUGUUUAUACAUCAUUGACAGAUAUCAGUUCAUUAUGUUAUACUGCAGUAGAGAACAUUAGGUACCUUCCAGUAGGGGACUUUGUAUUGCAUGGCAAUACCUCAUUCACUUGUUUUUACCUAGUUUGUUGAAAUAGUCCAGUCAUGAUGAAAUCGCCAAAUUGAAUGUUAAGGGAAGUUUAAUCUUUAUGAGCAACGCAAGGUGGGGUCAUUUCAUACAGGUUAUUUUAAACAUUCAAUUUAUAAAAAUAUUUCAUGAUGGGAAGCUAGUGUAGUAAGUCACAAUAUAAUUUAUGAUAUUUUUCUUCACUUGAAAUUCCCCAUUUUUUUUUUAGAAUUAUUGUGUAAUUUUAUAUACAGUACAUUAAGUGUUGCAGAAAGUUAUUUAUAAACAGCACCAUUUUAUUUAGAAAAUAAACAGGUCAGAACUUUUUUUUUAAUUAAUUUAAAUCUCAAUUUAUGUUUUGAAAAUAAAGUUCCAUAUUUGCUAAGCGUUAGUUUUGAAAAGCUUACUAAUCUUUAACAUUUACAUAGUUCUGUACGAUUCUUGUCAUAUAUAUUCCGUUGAACAACAUCAUAUAAUUACAAACAAGUACCAGGUAUAUUUCCGCCAAAGUUAACAAAAGAGCUAACCCACCGUUUGUUAUUUUACCAAUCUUUAAACAUACUGAGCGUACAUUGUUUAAAUUCAAUGUACGCUAUUCAGUGUACGCUCAGAGCAAUGGGUUGUUGGUAAAAUAUCAAAAUUUCAACGAAAUAUAAUUUAUGCUAUCAUAUAAAGUUACCCAUUUUACAACUUUAACCCCUUUUUGAAAAGUCAUAGAAAAUACAACAAAAUAACUAAAGUUUAAAAAUUAGCAAAAAUUGUUGCAAAGAAAAUGUCAGUAAAAACAAAAUAUCGUCGUUUUCUUUCCCUGUCGAAAAAUAAAAUACAAUAUUUGUCAGAUAUUAAGCAUUUUAUAUUUAAAUACAUACAUCUCUGUACAUAUUUGUGUAAAUGGUAUUCACAUGCUUUCUAACUUUAAUAACUUUUACUUGUAUUUUUGUGACUUUUUGAAAUAGGGCGUGGUAGUAAUAUGCAUUACAGUAUAUCUUUGCGUGAUUCGAUAUUUGUUAAUUUUGAUAUGCUUUUAAUAAUAUGUUGAGCUUAAUGUACGCUUUAUUAAUUUCUUGUAUAUUGGCAAAAUAGCAAAUGACGUAUGACGUAUGUGAUUGUACUAUGGGAAACACACAUAGAACUUUCUUUUGGCCACGGGAAUACCAACGUUUUUCCUUUUACAAAUUAUCUGGAAAUGUAAUGGUUGGGAUAUCAUUAUUCCUAUAUCGAGUCCAAUGUUUCAUAUGCAUAAUUAUGUCUCCCACACCACGGUGUGGUGGAAGAUAUAUUGAUUUACUCCUGUCUGUCUGUGUGUGUGUCCGUCCGUCUGUCACAAAUCUUGUCAGCACUCUAAGUCGAACAUUUCUCAUCCGAUCUUCACCAAACUUGAACACAACGUGUUUGCCAAUAAGUCCUCGGCCAAGUUUGAUACUAGCCAAAUCGGCCCAGGCACUUCGGAAUUAUGGCCCUUGAAUUACCGAUAGGCUGCUUACUCCAACACUUAUCCGAUAGGCCGCUUACUCCAACACUUAUUCCAAAACUAUCAAAGGUAUAUUUUCUGUGAGUAAACAGUAUAUAAAAGACAGACUUUCUAUUCAGAUGAUUAGGCAGUUGUGGGAGACAUGCGCUUUUCUCAAAACAGCUACAAGUUUGUGUAGAGUAUGCACAAGUUUACAUAUAAGCUCAAUUUUAAUUGACCUCACAUACAUUAUGUCACAUAAUUUUGUUAUAUCAUGUUUAUGUUAUGUCAUUCAAUUGCUGAAUAAAAAUGGUGACUGUAUGUUAAUUCUA